GCUCUGCUGUUAGGAAUUGUGGAACUGCCCACCAGCUGGACACAGCAGACACCAGUUACUCCCGCACAGAUGAAGAUGAUGAGGAACUGACAAAGAUGAAGCAGUUAUGUAGAGACCUAAGUCAGAAGCUGAGGACCACACAGCUACUCGUUACCAUCAGCGGUGGACGACCUGUUAUAAGUCUCAGGCCACCACCAGAACUGGUCAACUUCUCAUGCGGCAUCCGCUGGCCAAUAGAGUGUGAGGUCAUCAGCGACAUUAUCCAUCACAUUGAGUGGGACCCACCAGAGCCAGAGCCCUUCUAUCAGUGCACAGGAUAUGAGAGGACACCCAUGCCAGUCGGAGAGGAGAGGGGGAAGGUGGUAUUCUGCAUUGACCAUGCUGCUAAGCACCCAUAUUUCACCUACUCUCGUAUUGGAGGAAGCAGAGAACCCAUUAAGCGAGCCGCUUUUUAUGAUGUCGGUCAGUCAGAGCUGACUCUCAAGUUUGAGUCACGGUUUGAGAGUGGGAACCUUCAGAAGGCCGUCCAAGUGGGUGCCUAUGACUAUGAGCUGACCCUGCGCACAGACAUGUACACAACAAAGCACACGCAGUGGUUUUACUUCAGGGUCAGGAACACAAAAGCUGGCGUCACCUACGGCUUCACUAUCGUUAACUUGAUGAAGAGGAGCAGUCUGUAUUCACAGGGUAUGAAACCACUCCUCUACUCAGAGAGGGAUGCUGAAGAGAAUGGUGUUGGAUGGAAACGCGCAGGUUCAAAUAUCAAAUACUACCAGAACUGCAGUCAGCCCUUCUAUCAGUGCACAGGAUAUGAGAGGACACCCAUGCCAGUCGGAGAGGAGAGGGGGAAGGUGGUAUUCUGCAUUGACCAUGCUGCUAAGCACCCAUAUUUCACCUACUCUCGUAUUGGAGGAAGCAGAGAACCCAUUAAGCGAGCCGCUUUUUAUGAUGUCGGUCAGUCAGAGCUGACUCUCAAGUUUGAGUCACGGUUUGAGAGUGGGAACCUUCAGAAGGCCGUCCAAGUGGGUGCCUAUGACUAUGAGCUGACCCUGCGCACAGACAUGUACACAACAAAGCACACGCAGUGGUUUUACUUCAGGGUCAGGAACACAAAAGCUGGCGUCACCUACGGCUUCACUAUCGUUAACUUGAUGAAGAGGAGCAGUCUGUAUUCACAGGGUAUGAAACCACUCCUCUACUCAGAGAGGGAUGCUGAAGAGAAUGGUGUUGGAUGGAAACGCGCAGGUUCAAAUAUCAAAUACUACCAGAACUGCAGUCAGAAUACAAAGGACAACAACAGUGAUGGCAUCACCCUUUACUCACUCUCCUGGACUCUCCAGUUCCCUUAUGAUUCAGACACCUGCUACCUGGCCCACUGCUACCCCUACACAUAUUCACGCCUGCAGCGCUACCUUAGCCGUAUUACUUCCAACCCUACAGUUAGGUCAUACUGCAAAGUACGGGUCUUGUGCCAAAGUCUCGCUGGAAAUGCUGUGUAUGUGAUAACAGUAACACCCCAGGACUCUAACAGAAGGGACGACAAGACCAAGAAGGCUGUGGUGGUGACAGCCAGGGUGCACCCAGGAGAAUCCAAUGCAUCCUGGAUGAUGGAGGGAUUCCUGAACUUUCUUCUCGGUGACUCAGAUGAUGCUCAGCUUCUCAGGGACACGUUUGUUUUUAAGGUGGUCCCAAUGUUGAACCCAGAUGGCGUCGUGGUGGGUAACUACCGCUGCUCUCUUGCAGGCAGGGACCUCAACAGAAACUACAGGACACUGCUCAGAGAUUCCUUUCCUUCUGUGUGGCACACCCGAAACAUGGUGGAAAAGUGA